CCGAACAACAAGCAAAGAAGAGCAGACAAGAGCCCGCCGCCCUUGUCCUAACCGUACGUAGGAAAGCACGAGCGCACCCGGACGCAGAGAAGCAAGAAGCAGAGGCAGGAGGAGCGAAGAAACGCAAAAGGAACGAAGCGGCCGAAGAUGGCGCGGAGGAACAGCGAGAAGAGGACGCGGAGAUGUUCGACGAAGAAGAGCCAAGCAGAGUGUCCCGAGCAGGAUCCGACAGCGAAGAAGAAGAGGUCACAGGAGAAGAGCGGAGGUCUUGGUUCUCCACUCUGUCGUGGUCAGCAAAGAAACCGGUGGCCAACGCUCUGGCGCUAAGCAAAGCAGCACAACCAGGGCCAACGACCACCAGCACGACGAGCACGCACAAGGUCGUCACGUUCCAGGAGCCAACGAACAUGACCGAAGAGGUGACCAAAGCGCUGGCCACUCUGAUGCGGUCAGAAAUGAGGCUAGGCCUUUUGGAAAGGCUCAGGCACAGCGCACCAGUGCGCACACUGCUGGAAGAGGUUCAAACAUCCGUGUGGACUUGCCGCAUCGAAUGGUCGCAGUUCGAGCAGAUGUGGAAUCUGCUGGUCUCUACGCAGGCCAUCAUUCCCAUGAAGUACACCUAA